GUUGUAAUCUUGUAUAAAAGCUUAAAACAGCAGGAGCUUUAGCCAAAGUUAUCAUUCAGUUUCAGCUACAUUUACUUAUAAUUGAAGGCAAAAUGCAGUUUUCUCUUUGCUUUGUGUGUUCUCUGUUGCUGGUGUUUGUUGGAGUUAGUAUGACUAAUGGAGAAGCGUUGGGAUACAAUGGAUUUAUAAAGAAUCUUGCAAAAAGAGCAGCACCUGACAUUUGUGGUUAUGAUGGAGAUAGUUGUGCCUAUCGUCAGUGCUGUAAUGGUUAUACUUGCUCUUACGAAACCUGUAUUCGAGACAAUAACUACGGUAUGGUUAAAAGAAGUAUAUCAGGCUGUAGUACAGUAUCUUGCGAAUAUAAUUCUUGCUGUAAUGGUUAUGAUUGUCAGUACGGUGAAUGUAUCCGUGCAUCAUACGGAAAGUGAGUUUUUAAAUCAGCCAUUUACAAGUG